AACACCUCGAAGUCUAGAAAUAUCUCUCCAAGCCUCGAUGACUAGCGGACCCGUCAGCAGACACCGGAGAAAGGCAAGGAAUAACGACCUGUCAUCGCUAAUCAAUGCGACUAUGUACGACGGCGAGGCAAGAACGAAGGUAUAAGUAGAAUCGAUUCGCUCUCCUCUGUCUUGCAGUUCAUCAUCAUUAAUUCGUUCUUUUUUCUCUUUUUAUCUGCUUGCCUUCAUCAUUGUUCCGCUUUCACAUUGUUUAUUCAAUCCCCUGUUUCCUCCCUUACACAAAUCAAUAUGCGCGCUUCCUCAGUGGCUACCGCUGCCCUAGUCGCAGGUUCGACUCAGGUGCACGCUGCCCCCACUUUCGGCCUUGUGUUUGGCCUUCUGAAGGGUAUCACUACUGAUGUACACACCGAUCUCAAUCUCCUUCUUGGCUCCGUGGGUGUUGGUCUUCAGACCAACGCCAACAUUCAUGGUCAAGCUCUUGGGUUCGGUGGUGUCGGUUGCCCAUUCUCCCUCAACGGCCAGGCUGGCGUCUCAGUAAAUGCUGGUCUGCACGCUGGUCUUUCCCACAACAUCGGCUGGACCGCUGGUAUCAAUGGCGGUGCCUUCAUGAACUGGAGAAACUUCAAGGCCAACGGUGUCACCCUUAGUGGUUGGCUUGUCCAAGACAAGUCUCUCGACAUCGACUGGUGGAACAAGUAUGGUUCUGACUGCGACGACGAAUGGUCUCUUACUGCCAAGCUUGGUGCUAAGGCAGGUGCUGUCCUUGAAGCUCGCUACGCCUCGUACAUCACCACCAGCUACAUCGACUCGCUCGCUGCUGCUGGCAUCAACCUUUUGAGAAUCCCUACCCACUACUCCGCCUGGGUCUCUGUCCCUGGCUCCGGUCUCUACCACGGUAACCAGCAGGCUCACCUCAAGACUGUCUGCGACUACGCAAUCCAGAAGUACGGUAUGCACAUCGUCAUUGGUCUUGACUCUCUCCCUGGUGGUGUCAACGGUUUGGCCUCUGGCGAGCGUAUCGGCGCUACCGCUUGGUUCAACUCUGCCGAGAACCUUUCCUACUCCUUCAAGGCCAUUGACGCUAUCCUUGGCUUCAUCUCCGCCACUGGUCACAUCAACGCUUUCACCAUCUCACCCAUCAACGAGCCUUGCGAUGUCACUGCCAGCUUUGCCACCAGCGGUGGUCUAUCUCUUGGUGCCACUAACUUUAUCAACACUUACGUCCAGGGUGUCCUGAAGAAGGUUGCCAAGCUUGAUGCUCGUAUUCCUUGCAUGCUUCAGGACGGUUUCCUCGGUCACGACUACUGGGCUCCCUUCUUCUCUGGUAACGCCAACCUUGUCAUUGACAGCCACGUUUCCUUCUCAGGAGCCAUCGGCGCUGGAAUCUCUGCUGGAAUUGGCGGAGGAGUUAACACUGGCUUGAACGCUGGUGGUAACAUCGGCGGUGGUCUAAAUGCUGGCUUGAAUGCUGGCACAAAUGUCGCAGGAGUCGGCGCACAUAUCGGAGGUGGUCUCCUUGGAGGCCUCAAUGGUCUUAUUGGAGGUGGCGUUCAUGGGAAAGCUGGCGCAAAUGUUGGUUUGGACGCUGGUGCAAACAUCGGCGGUGGUGUCUCAACAGGUGUUGGUGCUGGUAUCUAUGGCAGUGGUGCCGCCACUGGCAAGCUCCCUGCUCAUUUGAUCGCUCCCAGCGUCUGCAAGCAAGCCUCUCUCCUCAAGGGCUCCGGAAAGUUCCCCGUUUUCGUUGGCAGCUACGGUAUCCAGGCUCAGGAGGGCAACACUCUCGCCGGCCGUGCGACUGUUUACAACACUCAGAAGUAUGCCUACGCCCAACACCUUUCCGGCGGGUCUUUCUGCCAUGCCAAGGCAUACUCAAGCAGCGUCGCCUUCUCUGGCGAGGGCUCUGUCAGCGACUAUAACUCUUUCCAGGGUCUGAUGUCUGCUGGUGUCGCCACCAAGAAUACCGAGUCUUGCUACUGCUAGAUUCAGUUUCUGUCGAUGAAGAAGAAGUUAAUACCUAAUAUACUGCCUACUGCCUAAUAUCGAAAGAGGAGGGAAAGCCUAUCACAAAUCAGGAAGGAACAGGAAGAUAUCCAACCCCAGUCGCUACUAAUGCCUGGCAAUUACGCUCACUAAUCUAUUGCACCAACUAAUGUCUAUGUA